AUGGUUUUCAAUGCUGGCUUGCCACACCUGGCACUGGGCAUUCAAACUCAACGGGGUAAGCCCAUGAUGUCUCUGCCGACUUCAGGUGUGCCAGAUAAAAAGCUUCAGGGCGUCGACAGCACAAGCUCAAUGCAGCUCGCUGCUGAACUAAGUUUACCUGAACAAAACAAGAAAUGUAAUAUUUGUAACAAGAAAAUACAGAGAAAUAUCAACUUGGACCUUCGCUUUGUGUGGAAGCAAGCUCUGAUAUUUUGCUUGCUUCUGAUUGGCCUCUGCUUGCCCCUCUGUGCCCAGUUGGCGACUUUCAAAAUUGGCCUGGUAGGCCCGUGGACCUGUGACCCCACCUUCUCCAGGGCACUGCCAGAUGUUGCUGCAAAGCUAGCCAUUAACAGGAUAAAUACGGAUCCGUUUUUGAGUCCAGGAUAUUGGUACGAUUAUGUCCUGCUCGAUGAGGAUUGCCAGACGGCCAGAGGCCUGGCUGGCUUUGCCGGGCUGGAGCAUUACGCCUCAGGUUUCAUUGGCCCCCUGAACCCCGGCUACUGCACGGCUGCCGGCCUCUUCGGCAAGAAUUGGAACAAGCCGGUCGUCUCCUGGGCUUGCCUCGACCCGGAGCUGGACAGGGGCGGGGGCUUCCCUACCUUCGCUAGGCCCAUCCCCUCGGCCGCCAGGGUCUUAUUCGACGUCCUGAAGCACUUCCGUUGGGCGCGCGUGGCUGUGGUCACUUCGGAGCAAGACCUGUGGGUGGAGACAGGGCAGGAGCUGGCCAACUGCCUGCGCCACUACAGCCUUCCUGUUGCCUUGGUGUUCACCAUGGAAACGGAUGCCGAGGGAGCUGCAGAAGCUCUGAGGCGUAUCAAGCAAGUGGACAAUGUAAGAGUAGUGAUCAUGUGCAUGCCCUCGGCCCUCAUUGGCGGGGGGGACCAGCUGCUGCUCCUGCAACAGGCGGACAAGCUGAAGAUGGCGGAUGGGAGCUACGUGUUCAUUCCCUACGACACCAUCCAUUACAGCCUUCCAUACAGGAAUGCCACCUACCCAAUGCUGGCUGGAAACCCCAGGCUGCGACGCUCCUACGAUGCUGUGCUCACCAUCACCAUGGACUCCAAGGAUAAGGACUUCCACGAGGUCCUUGGGGAAGUCUUUGAGGACAAUGAGAUCCGCACUCCUCUGCAGCCAGCACAGGUCUCCCCAUUGUUUGGUACCAUUUACAACUCAAUAUACUUCCUGGUCAAAGCAACAGAGAAUGCCUACCGGGGAAGCAGGUGGGUGACUGGGACUAGCAUUGCUCGGCACACCGGUGGGAUGGAAUUUGAAGGAUUUAACCAAGCCCUGCGGACGGACAAAGAUGGAUCGGUCAUAGCUGACUACGUGCUUCUAGACACCGACGGAAUAGGCAACCAACUGAAGGCGACUCACUCAGUCAACGUGGCUACGGGCACUCUGAAAUACCUCGGCACCGCCAUCCAUUUCCCGCAGGGCUCAGACCCCGGCAGGGAUGCCGACUGCUGGUUUGACCCCAAGGACAUCUGCACAGGAGGAGUGGAUGCUAUGUUUGUGCUGCUGAUAUUCGCCCUGGCCACUGGUGUGAUACUGGCUGGUGGAGCUUUGGCCUAUUUCUUCAGGAACCACUUCCAAAAACUUCAACUGUUGACAACACCAAGCAAGAUCGUCCUUAGCUUGGAUGACCUCAUGUUUAUCAACGCAGAGCUCAGCCGCAAGAGGCUGAACGGUGAGAAUGAAACGUCUGUUUUAGGGAGAAGCGUCUCGGACUUGAAAAGCACAAAGACCCUCAAGCAUUCUAUGUCGGGGAAAAGCCUCACAGCCGCUACUCCAGAAACCAGUAAUGUGGCCAUAUAUGAGGGGGACUGGGUUUGGCUGAAGAAGAUAAUGAGUGGAUGCUUUACUGAGAUCAAACCCUCGACCAAAUCUGUGUUCUCUAGGAUCCGGGAAAUGAGGCAUGAAAAUGUGAAUACGUUCCUGGGGCUUUUCCAUGACUGCGGCAUCCUCGCAAUUGUCACUGAGCAUUGCUCCAGGGGGAGCCUGGAGGACCUCAUCGCAAAAGAGGACAUGAAACUUGACUGGAUGUUCAAAUCUUCCCUCCUCCUCGACCUGAUUAAGGGCAUGAAAUUCCUGCACCUCCGAAACCUGGUUCACGGGCGUUUGAAAUCCAGGAACUGUGUGGUGGAUGGAAGAUUUGUGUUAAAGGUGACGGAUUAUGGUUAUAAUGAGUUACUGGAGGUUCAAAAGGUUACACGGAUGGAGCCAAACUCAAAAGAUCAGCUUUGGACGGCACCAGAACUUCUCCGAGACUCUCACCUGGAGCGGAAGGGGACUUUUCGUGGAGAUAUCUACAGCUUCUCCAUCAUCAUGCAGGAGCUGAUAGUGCGAGCACCCCCAUUCUCCAUGUUGGAACUGUCUCCUAAUGAUAUCAUUAAGAAAGUGCAGAAGCCUCCGCCUCUUUGCCGGCCAUCCGUCUCGGUGGACUUGGCGCCCCUGGAAUGCAUCCAGAUCAUGAAACAAUGCUGGAGCGAGCAGCCGGAGAGGCGACCAAACUUCAAUCAAAUCUUUGACCAGUUUAAAAACAUUAACAAGGGGAAGAAGACCAACGUUAUCGACUCGAUGCUACGGAUGCUGGAGCAGUACUCCAGCAAUCUAGAGGACAUGAUCAACGAGAGGACAGAGGAGCUGGAGAUUGAGAAGCAGAAAACUGACCAGCUCCUGACGCAGAUGUUGCCACCCUCCGUCGCUCAGGCACUGAAGACCGGGGUCCCUGUAGAGCCUGAGCAUUUCGAGCAGGUGACCAUCUACUUCAGCGACAUUGUUGGCUUCACCACCAUCUCAGCCAUGAGCGACCCCAUCGAGGUGGUCGACCUGCUCAACGACCUCUACACCUUAUUCGACGCCAUCAUUGGUUCGCACGACGUGUACAAGGUGGAAACAAUCGGAGACGCUUACAUGGUGGCUUCCGGCCUCCCAACCCGGAAUGAGACCCGGCACGCAGCGGAAAUCUCCAACAUGUCCCUGGACAUCCUCAGCAGCAUCGGAACGUUCAAAAUGAGGCACAUGCCCGACGUCCCAGUGCGGAUCCGAAUCGGACUGCACUCAGGUCCGUGUGUGGCAGGUGUGGUAGGACUGACCAUGCCGAGGUACUGCCUCUUCGGAGACACAGUCAACACCGCUUCACGUAUGGAGUCCACUGGUUUGCCCUAUAGAAUCCACUUGAAUGAAAGCACAGUCAGCAUUCUGAAGAGCCUCAACAUGGGCUACAAAAUAGACCUGAGAGGAAAGACUGAAUUGAAGGGUAAAGGCAUCGAGGAUACCUUUUGGCUAGUAGGAAGAGAGGGCUUCAUAAAGCCAUUACCAACUCCACCAGACCUCUUACCUGGAGCCAGUAACCAUGGCAUUAGUUUGGAGGAGGUUCCACCAGAGAGACGACAGAAGCUGAUGAAGGCACGGAAUAUGAAAUAGUUUAUAUCCAACCCGAUGAAGGAAUCAAUGGAGUUGUCAACGCAGAAGGGCGAAACGACAGUCUUGCAAUUCUAUAGCGCCUUUCAUGACCUCAGGAUCUCCCAAAGCGCUUCACAGCCAAU